GCAAGCUGGAGAAAGAAAGGAAAAACUCCAUUAAAAACCUCCAGGCUUUCCUCCAUGUUAGAAAUGAAAUGGAAAAUGGAGUGGAUUUAGCAGGAAUCCCCGAUUCCUGCGGCCAAGCCGGAGGAAGGGAGAAGCGAAUCAAAGCCUCAGGCUGCUGCUAUUUUUUUAAGUUGCAAUAAAGACUGAAAACUCUGGGGCAGGAUGAGGAUUUCCUGACUCGGACUCACAAGAACGGACAAAUCACUUUUUUUUCCUUCUUCUUCUUCUUCUUCUUUUUUUUUUUUUUUUUUUUUUUUACGCGACUCUCUCUUUAUAUAUAUUUAAUUUAUUCACCUCGAUGAUUCUCUUGACGGCUCUGGUAGUUGUUAGAAGUGGCUGUGACAGCCUGGAAACAUUAAUAUGAUUUCCUGAGUUAGACAUUCCCCCCCCUCCCCACCACCUCCAAACUCAGGAAAAGUCAAUACAAUCGCACUUCAUUUUUCCUUCAUGUGCACUUGGAAGUACUGGGAGAAGCAGCAGCAGCAAGAAUGAACUGCAAGGACGAAGAUGACAACUGCACUGACGGCGGCAGCAGCGGCAGCACCAAGAAGAUGUUAAAAUGCGUGGUGGUUGGGGACGGUGCAGUCGGGAAAACCUGUUUGCUGAUGAGUUACGCCAACGACGCUUUCCCCGAGGAGUACGUGCCCACGGUCUUUGACCACUACGCAGUAACUGUGACUGUGGGAGGACAACAGCACUUGCUGGGACUUUACGACACUGCAGGGCAGGAGGACUACAACCAGCUGAGACCCCUGUCUUACCCCAACACAGACGUGUUCCUGAUCUGCUUCUCGGUGGUGAACCCUGCCUCCUACCACAACGUCCAGGAGGAGUGGGUGCCCGAGCUGAAAGUCUGCAUGCCAAACGUGCCUUACGUCCUCAUAGGAACACAGAUUGAUCUUCGUGAUGAUCCCAAAACCUUGGCUCGGCUACUUUACAUGAAGGAGAAACCACUCACUUAUGAGCACGGAGUGAAGCUAGCUAAAGAGAUCGGAGCACAGUGCUACCUGGAGUGCUCAGCCCUCACGCAGAAAGGCCUUAAAACUGUCUUCGACGAAGCGAUCCUCACCAUUUUCCACCCCAAAAAGAAGAAGAAGCGUUGCGCAAAGUGCCACAGCUGCUGCACCGUUGUGUGAAGUCACUCGGAAGGAAAAGCGAGACGAGUUCAAUGAAACCAAGCAGGUUAGAAGGGCAAUGAAGGUCACACGCAACUGAAAUGGGGAACAUGACCAGAAAGGGGUCCUUUUUACCCAAAGAAGAGCCCUCCGUUCUGUGAAACCUCCAAGCUGUAUCACACUAGGCCAAUUUAUGUCUAUGUGCUUUCCUAAUCCUCCAGAGCUGUACGCAGCCUGUCGCAGGCUGCACUGAGCCAAUAUAAACCAGGAUGCCUGCUCCUGCUUGAGUCUUCACCUUAGGAAUAAGGGGAAGGUGCUGUAUGGAAAAAAAACACAGAAUUAAAGGUGGUAAAGAAACAAGAGAAACUCUAUUUGUGGCCUUAAACAAGGAUUGAUCAAAAUUAGGAACUUAAAGUACUUAGGAAUUGAAUCUGAAUUGACUGAAAGCACAUGGAGAUCUGUAAAUUUCUAAUAUGUAAGAUAUACACUAUAGGUAGGAUGUACUUUUAAAUUACUUUUCUUAUAAGACUCACUAGUUCAGGAUAUACUUUAGUUUGUUCAAUCUACAUGAAAGUAAAGGUGGAGCGAUUACAGUUUGUUUUCACUUAACAGUGAAAUUUCACAGUGUCCGUAUGUCGCUUCAUCCAAGCUACCAAAAUGGAUCAACAUUUACCUCCAGACUUAAGGAAUGUUCAUACAACAAAAAAAAUGCAAAUAACUGUAGUUUUACAGGCGAAUGUUCAGGCUGAGCCAUGUUUCCAUAAGCUGAGAGAGGAAGACCAGAGCUAGUGAAAACCUAUUGCAUUAACAUACUGAAACAGAACUUCUGCCACCAAAUAAUAUUGUCCCAGACAUGAAACACCAGUGUGGAAGAACCUCCGUUCUGCUCUAGGAACCAGAGAGAGUCGCAUUGCAAUGGCAACUGAAAAUUUACUGUGUAGAGCAGCUGGAUUUCCACAUCUCACCCAGGAGACAAAAAUAACAAAAACCAAAAAAGCCAAAGGUCAUGCUGAUUUCAAGGGUUUUGAGGCGAUCCGAUUGUCUUCAAUUCAAAACAAAACAAACAAAAAGCAGCUUUCUUGUAAAGUAAAUUGACUCUAGUCCUUCCCACCUCAUCUUCCCCCACCAUUCGUUAUUUCUUCUUUUGUUCCCAUUUCUCCAUCUUCGUUACUAUUUGAGAGGCAGGGCGGCGGUGGUCCUCAGCGGUGAAUUACCGACCCAGCGCUCGCUCGCUCGGCGCAGUCAGCGCCUUCGGCAGGGCCCGGAACGAGCGCUGCGCGCGGGUGCGCGCGAGGGGACACACAGGACGCAAUGCCCGAUCCGAGCUCCUCCUUUUACUCUAGCACAAUUUUUCUUUAUCGUGGGCACCAGUAUAAACUAAAUCAGACACCCCAAAAUACUCCCAAGCAGACCCCAACACAGUCAUGUUUUAUGCCACUGUCUCGUCGCUGUUACCCAGCAGACUUUCCCUAACCACCUCUUCCCGCUGCACGCUAGCACGGAUGAAAAGUCACGGUAAAUCGAAGAUAUACAAAAGCAAGAUUUCAUUUACUGUUGGCAUUCAUUGUGCAUAUUCUACAUCUAGUUUCAUUACAUCCUAGACGUUUUGCUUCAAAUAGCUGGACCCGUAGAGCAGAGCUCAGAGUGAGGACAGGGCUGGAGUCAGGAGAAGGAGUUAAUGUCGUGCCACAGAGCCGCACUGCCGUCCCCACGCGCCGCAGCGAGUAUUCACACAGCUGGGACGCGGGCAGCCAGCUCAACUAUAACGAGUAUAAAGAAAUCAGAGGAGCAUGAGGAAGACUAGGAGUGGACUACAUGCAUAAAAAAAAAAUGUAAAUAGGUAAAAUGUUGAUUUGCAACCUGACUAUUGUUAAAUCCACUGAAACAACAACAACAAAAAAAGCUUCCAGCAGAUUUCAGAGAAAAGAGUCAGAGUUUCACUGUACUGCCAUUUACUUCAGUGGAAAUAAAACAGGACAAAUAUUUGUUGCAUUUGAUUCAGGUUGUUGUGGAGUGCUAGCACAUAUACAAGUCUCUGGGUAAAGUAAGUGAAGCCUGUUUUAGCUGAAGUGCAAUGAAAACGCUCAGGUUGGAGCUGAUGGAUAUUCUUAGAGCUUCACAAAAUGAAGAGGAAAUAAAAAUCGAGACUGACAGCUGAGCUUAUCAUAAAAUAAUGAGCACAUUGAAAAAGUGCAAUAUAGCAAUCCCGGCAUGCAUCAGAGAAAGCCACAAAUAAUCAAAUGACAUUUUUGUGUGCCGCCUAGUAUCACGGGUGCCUAUUAAUACUAAUGGUAUGGCAUAGGAUAGGCACAUUAAAUCAGAAAUGAACUAGGCAGUUAUAGCAUUAAUAUAACUGCAUUAGUUUGAGGAAAAUUAGUGAAAAAAACACACUGUGAUGUAGAAGCUAAAAUGCUACCAUCCUAAUAUAUUAAGCUACAGAACCCUGAACGAAUCACUGCAUAGCUUUGAAAGCAGAUAGAAAAGUAUUAUUAUGCAUACAUAAUGUUAAGGCAAAGCAGGCUUUUCCCUGCACUUGCAAAGUCAAGCGUAUCAAGUAUGUGAGGCAGUAAAACUGCAAGUUUUUCGAGUCGAUGGUGACCAAAAUUUGACAUUUGGGCGCUGCAAGGGUGUGUGGUUAAAAUCCACUGAGAAACAGCCUCUGCACUCCAUUUAUUUUUAAUUUUGCUGCCAACAGAAAUAAGUGUUUUAAAAAUGGACAUCAUUAAUGCAGGUCCCCCAAACGUUAUUCUGGUGUUCGGCUACGUACACACACUUAUCCAUGCAACGUGGCAUUUAUUCAAGGAUCUGCCCUUUUACACUGUUGUCUUGGGAAGGGAGAAAUAGCACAGGCUAAUAGGCUUUAGAAAUAUAUUGUAAGCAGACUUACGGAGAUUCAUUGACUAUCUGGCAGAUCAUACCUAAUACCUUUUCUAAGAACCAACAGAUGGUGUGCGAACAGGCAGCAAAGCUUAUUUUCAAAAAUAUCAAAACAGCAGGCACAGUGCAAGCACAGGCAUAAGGCAAGAUGGAGAAACUUCAAGUUAUUUUUAAGCACCUUUAGUAACAAGAAAAUCAGUAAAUGUUUGCCAGGUGAAAGGAGCUGGGUUUUCUCACUGUGAGGUUAGCUGGAAAUCAGACCCUGAUUCCAUCUUCAAAGGAACAGAGUUAGAGUUGUAAAGGGUAUAAACCCUUCCAGGAACCUAUCUGGCAAUGUCUCCUUAAUGCAACCAAUGUCAAAGCCUUUCGUGACAGGGCUGCCUACCAUUCAUAACUUAAAAAAUAAUAAUAAUCCGCUAGAGCCUAGAAAAUCCAUCUCCCUUGGCCGCUUCUGAAACCUUAAUGCUCUAUCAGGAUUUGUUAGCCUUAAUUAGGAGUUUCAAAUAGAUGGAGAUCCAAAAAGGUUUUCAUACAGACUCCCGCAUGGAAUACCAACACAUUGGAGACUGGUUAUUGCACUAAAACAGCCUACAGAAAUCACUCCCCACUGGAUCAUUGUGAAAACACCACUUGUGCCAUAUCACCGCUUCUUGACCUGAACGACAGUCCACAAAGACCUCCACAGUUCACUGUGCCUCACAGGGCUCAGGAAAGAUUGGGAGAGCAUAGAAACAAGGAUCCAGCCCUAUAGAGGUCCAUCAAGGACCAAUUUGCUCAAGCAGGUAUAGACCCCAUGUACAUGCAUCCUCCAGGUGCAGCAGGGAGCAGUCUUCAAGCUGAGAAGCUCACCUUGGUUGUCCAAGGUGGCAAACCCUCUCAGAUCCUCUCUGCCCUUUAAAUACCCACUGUCACUGUAGCACGUAGCUCCUGAAGAACAGUCUAUCACAUAGAACUAAAGGAAUCAAGGAACUAAAUGCUUUUGUAUCCCAUUGCUUGAACUAAGCCGACUUCAGUGACACUGGCAUGAGGCGAAUCUUUCCAUUGACGUACACAAGCGCUGGACCUGAUGCUGACUUUCUGCACCAUUAAUAAGCCAGGAGAGAGCCUGACGCAAAGGGUUAGCACAGCCAAGAUAGGAACAUCCUGUUGCUGCCAGAACUGCAGAAAUCCUGUGGAGGCCAGCAAGACAACCAAAACAAUCAUUUCAACAGCAUUCAUCGAUAUUUCUCACUUUUUUUUUUCUCUUUUAAAGCACUGAGCACAGCUUCAGUUGAAAAUAAACAAAGACUUAAAUAUAGCACUACAUCUUAAUGUGUAAUAAAAUUAUUUUGAAGACAUUUAUUAAGGAACCAGAUUAUGGCAGCCUUCCCCAUACUGCAGAGAAUCUUGCUUUGCAAGGAAUUAUUAUCUCCAACCUCCUCAUGACUCCAACAAUCCCACUGGCGCCAAGUAAAAUUAGGGAGCCUGAACAGGGCCUCUGGUGAUCCGUCCAUGUACUUAGUCUGCAACAAAAUCUCUUCUAGCCCCUUUAGUGACAAUGCUGAGCUGCGUCCCCCAAAAGAGCAGUGAUUUCCCAUUCCCAGCAUGCUGUACAAACCACCUGGCAUUGCCCAGCACCACAAUCUGUCAGAUAUCUGCAAACUCUAAAGCAGCAUAGUGGAGAAGAAACAAGUGAUGAACUGGGAAAGAAGUCAAGCCUUGAGCAUGUCACCACCCAAACCAAGUGCAAUUCCCCAGAAACAAUCAUUGCAAUACAACUCCAGGCAAGGAGCUAAACCCCACACACACCUCGGGGAUAGGCAAAUCUCUGCCAUAUGCACAGGGGAAGUUUCACACCUGGCAAUUGUCCGUUGAUGAAGAUGUAUGGGCUUCAUUUCCCAUUGAAUGAAAGCUGUCAAGAUCUCAUCCAAGAUACUGUUCCAUGAUUCCAGAGAUACAACUUGAGAACCCUUUGAAGGAGCUUGGAAAAGGUUGCAGAAAUGCUUGCAAAUAAUUUCUACCACUGUCUCCCCUCAUCACACCCAGGCUUGUACGUAGCAAGCAACACAGUGGCCAAUUACACUGACAGUGUGUGUCUAGCAGGUGUGUUUUCACUGGGCAAGCUGCUGCUUUCUAACAAAAAUGGCAUGAAAGAUGCCUCCUUGCUUAUGUAGCUUAUUUGUUGCAUGUAGCCCAUGCCCUCUUUUUCAGCUUUAUUUCCACACAGUAAGCACAUCUUCAUUCCCAGUAUUGAAACUUCAUCCGUAUUAAAACUAAAUUGUAAUGGAAUCAGUUCAUCUCAAGCUGAGUUUGUUUGAAAGCUCAUGUGCUUUCUCCACCAGAGCAAUGCAACAUAUGCUGACGUUGGCCCAUGGACCAUUUGUUCAAUAAAUAGGUAGAAUACAGGAAUAAGGCUGCACAUUCUUUGCUCUCUGUAUUUUCUUUUUCCCUAAAAAGAAUUUGUAAUACGUUUCAUGCUGCUUAAAGAAAGAAACCUGAAAAUAACAGAAGGUUUUCUUGGUUUACAACUCUAGCAGGAAUGGAGGAGCAUCUGCUGUGUCAGAGCAACCUAUUGCAGAUGAUUUCUAGACACAUUUUUAUUCCAUGUAAAAAUGAAGACAAAAUCCUUAUAAUAAAUACUAACUUCCCUUGUAGGGAAUAAAGGCCCUCUGAAGGUAGGAAAAAAGUCUCCCACUGAUUUCAGUAAUGGCUUGUGAUCUAAAUUCUACUCACCUAGCAAAACAAGACAUGAACAGAAACAUUUUUGCAUCAAGAAGGUGGAGCAAAAGCACUGAUGAGGAGUAAUGAAUGCAACAGCAAAAUAGCAUCUAUGCUCCUGCUUUGGGGGACUGCCAUAAAAUCAGUGCCCAGAGCCACAGUCAGUCAGUUUGAUCCUAAAAGUUAAAUUUAAUUUUAAGAUAUUAAGGGGACUCUCAUAACUAUCAUGAAAAAAACUUUAAAUUCUACUUUGUAGUUUCAGUUAAAACUUUCAGAAACAGGAACAAAGAUAUAUUUUUCCUGGGCAAGUCUAGGAAUCCCAACGCAAUAGUGAAAAGAAUCAGAACAUGAACCUCAUAACUGGAAAAUGAGCUCACAAAGACACACAUCACAGAGAAAUAACCAAAAAUUGUAUGAAUUCCUGUCAAUGGCAGAAAAUCUCUUUCACUUUGAAACUAUCUGUUAACAAGACUAGACUCUGAGGAUGAUCUCUCCUCUCUUCUGGAAUGUACAGACCAUAAUGCAGUGUCUGGCUGCCUCUUCUAGCUAUAAUUUUAGGGCAACAUUUCUAAAAAUGCUGUAUGUUGGCUUCAUUUUGAUUCUCAUGGAGACAAUGGAAAAUUUUGAUGGGGUCCACGUGUGACUAAUGUGGAAAGCAUUUGAGAAUUUCUUUGUUAAGUUUCCUCCUCUUCUUCCCUAUUAUUCUGGCUGUCCAAGCUCUGAGCAUUGAGCCAGCUCCAAGAAUGUUUUAUACCUUUUGGCUGCCGGUUGUUGACUUCCAGCAGACGUUAGGCAUCUGGAGACUUCGCUGAUCUGAGCUUUAUCUCGGGCUUUGGAGACUGGAUUUGUAAGUUCUGGUUCCAACCACUACUGAGGCUGAAGAUGAAAACAAUUAUACUAACAGUGUAAUAUUCAAAGAGGAACAGGCAUCUCUUCCGAGUUUGACACCGUAUCGGUGUCACUUAAUUUCAUCUCAUCCCAUGUGGAAUGGCAGCAUUCAGGAUGCCAGAUCUAAAUUUGUAUUUGAUUUUUGACAAGUAUCAGUUUGAGCUCCCACUAAUACCAGCUCUGAUGAAUUUGGAGUCAACAGCUGUCACCAGUCUACGGUAUCCAGGUAUCCCAACACAACAGCUAAUAGUACUGAAAGCGCAUAGAAAUUUUUGCCUGAAGUCUAUCAAAGCAGUCGGGGUUUAAGCCGUAUCCGUAGCAGGCCUGUCCUGGCGGCUCUCCCAGCACUUCCCUGAAACAGCAUUACAGACCUGCCAGGCACAGAACUGCUCUAGCCCGUGUGGGUAUCGGGCAAGUGGGGCAAACGAGACCAAACUUUCCCCAAACUUGUAAAUAUUAACUCAUUAAUAAGCAAUAACAUGAAACUAUGCAAAAGAGGAAAGACGCUGGCAACGUCUUCUUUGCUCAUGAGCAGAAGUGACCUCGGGUGGCGAGCCUCGGUGGGCAGGUGGGAACUGCUGCAGAGCAGGGCGCAGCGCGGCCGCCGCGCUGCCCCGCCAGGACGGCGCAAGCCCGGCACGCGGGCUCGGAGCUGCCCCCGUGGAGUCACGCCAGGAUGCCCGGGGCUCGGCAGCACCUUGCAGACUGGGAGGGCACCAAGGAGGGAGGCUGCCAGCGAGGAGCAGGGAGGCGGACCUCCACUGGUCGCCAAGUGCAAGGAUAACUGAAUCCAGUUUUACCUGUUAUGAUGUUGAUGCACUUGUUAAAUACAAGCAUUUCACCGCAAAGAGACUCCCUGCUUCCCUGAGAACACAAAGACGAGAAAAUUUCUUUCUUUUCUUUUUUCCUAGUAUUUCAACAGUACUUAAUUAACCGUGAAACAAGUAAUCCUAAUGGAGUUUGUUUGCGAAGCAAAUGUCAUGACCUCAGCACAAAUCAGGACCUAACAUAUCAUCAGUCAGUUCUUACCAGGUUAAGAAGAGAGUCAUUUACUUCAAUUCAUAAGAGCAAUUAAAUUUUUCCUCUCUUAAAAAUUUUAACGUGCAAUAUUUCUGGAAUAUGGGGCUGAUGAAACCAAAGGAUUAGUACUAGAAAGUUGUGCCUGACCUUUGAGUGGCAUGUGUUUUUUUUCUUAAGAUGAACCAAAUCUUCAAAAUUCACAUCAAAGCAAUAAAAUUUCAAACCACAGAAUCGCAGUUUUCCAGCAAUUAUGUUUUUCUAUUAAAAAAAAAAAAUCAUGUAAACGGUAUUAGUUUUCUAUUUACAGCACAUGAUUCUGUACUCUUUUGCUUAUCCUCUUUUAAACAUGUAAUUAUUGUAUAUUAUAACUGCACAUUAAUAUCCUCUAUUGUACAUAGUUUAUUUUAACAAAAUAAAUGUGUUACUAAGUAUUUUGACAGCAUCA